AUGGGGGAGCACGGGCCUGGGGACCCCGGCCAGCAUCUAUCGGGCAACGCCGAGGCGGAAGCCAGGCUGGCCGCGAAGCGCGCAGCCCGCGCAGAGGCCCGCGAGAUCCGCAUGAAGGAGCUGGAGCGACAGCAGAAGGAGAUCUAUCAGGUUCAAAAGAAAUACUAUGGGCUGGACACAAAGUGGGGUGACAUCGAGCAGUGGAUGGAGGACAGCGAGCGCUACUCCCGUAGAUCUCGGAGGAGCACAACGGCCUCCGACGAAGAUGAGCGCUUGUCAGGGUGUAGUCGCGGCAGCCUGAGGAACUCCAGCUUCAGCGGCGACAACCGAGUGCCCGCAUGGCCGUCACCCAGAGAGGAGAAGCUGGGGCUCCCCUGCUCGGACCUGGGACUCCCGAGGAGCGGCCUGCUGUCCAAAGUCCCAUCCACCCAGCACGGAAGCCGGGCGGCCCUGUUUGACGACAGCAGCCUCGGUGGGGCUCAGCGGGGCAGUACCUCUGGCUCUCGGGCUCCCUCGGAGUACAGCGGCUACCUCAACUCCAGCUCUCGCGCCUCCUCCCGGGCCAGCUCGGCUCGCGCCAGCCCUGUGGUCGAGGAGAGGCCAGAGAAAGACUUCGUCGAGAAGGGCUCCCGGAACAUGCCCAGCUUGUCUGCAGCCGCCCUGGCCUCUCUGGGUGGGACGUCCUCCCGGAGGGGUAGUGGGGACACGUCCAUCUCCGCGGGCACCGAGGCCUCCAUCAGGGAAAUCAAGGAGCUCAAUGAGUUAAAAGACCAGAUUCAGGAUGUAGAAGGCAAAUACAUGCAGGGGCUGAAAGAGAUGAAGGACUCUCUGGCCGAGGUGGAGGAGAAGUACAAGAAGGCCAUGGUGUCCAACGCCCAGCUGGACAAUGAGAAGACGAACUUCAUGUACCAGGUGGACACCCUGAAGGACCUGCUGCUGCAGGUGGAGGAGGAGCUGGCGGAGUCCCGGCGGCAGUACGAGGAGAAAAACAAAGAGUGUGAAAGGGAGAAGCACGCACAUGGCGUCCUGCAGUUCCAGUUUGCGGAGGUGAAGGAGGCCCUGAAACAGCGGGAAGAGAUGCUCGAGGAAAUCCGGCAGCUACAACAGAAACAGGCCACUUGUGUCAGGGAGCUUUCUGACCUUCGGGAAACAAUAGAGUGGAAGGACAAAAAGAUAGGGGCCCUAGAGAGACAGAAAGAGUUCUUUGAUUCCCUGCGGAGGGAGCGGGAUGAUCUUAGAGACGAAGUGGUCAUGCUGAGAGAGGAACUGAAGAAACACGGAAUCAUCCUAAAUGCAGAAGCAGCCCCCAACAGCACCCUUAACGGCCUCAGCCUCCCCAGCCCCCCCACGGCGACCACAGAGGAGGCGGGUGCCCUCACGUCCACAGGCGACGGGCCGCUUGAUAUCAGAUUGAAAAAGCUGGUGGACGAGCGUGAGUGCUUGCUGGAGCAGGUUAAGAAACUCAAAGGGCAGCUGGAACACAAACAGAAGAACAGCCACACGGACACCCUGAGGCCUGAAGGCGAGGUCCUGGAGAAUGGGACUGACGUGCACCUUGUGGAUCUACAGAGGGAUGCCAACCGGCAGAUCAGUGACCUCAAGUUCAAGCUUGCGAAAUCCGAGCAGGAGAUCACGACGUUAGAGCAAAAUGUAAUAAGGUUAGAGAGUCAAGUAUCACGUUAUAAAUCGGCUGCUGAAAAUGCAGAAAAAGUAGAAGAUGAACUUAAGGCUGAAAAACGAAAACUCCAAAGAGAGCUCCGCUCCGCCCUGGACAAGACGGAAGAGCUGGAGGUCAGCAACGGCCACUUAGUGAAGCGUCUGGAGAAAAUGAAAGCCAACCGGAGCGCCCUCCUGUCCCAGCAGUGACCGCCGGCCCCCGCCAGGAGAGGGGUCGCUGAAGCAAGAAGGUCCUCGCCUAGGCUUUGCUCCGUUCCCGUCAGGGAGCGUGCUUCCUCCCCAUGCCCAGCAGUGUGUGCCCGGAGCCAUGGUCAGCCAGAGCCCCCACCCCGUCUGUGGCCCCCGAACUGUGCGGGGCCCACAUCCACCACCCGCAGUAAGCACACCGAGCCUCGCACCAGCGCCAAGCGCCGCCCCUGGAUAGCACCACAGCCUCACCACAGCCUCCCCAUGCCCCUGCCAAGGGCGGCCCCAGGGCGAGGAAGGCAGGACUCUCCCUCUCCGCCCCUGGGGUCUCGGCCGAAAGUGAAGGAGAAGGGUGACCGUGUGGGAGUUCGCUUCCUGGCCCCACCUGCAAUUGGAGUGAUUUCAGUAGGAUCUCUAGUGACGCUUUUCAGACGCAAAACACUGUGGAACCAGAAGCCAUUACCAAGUAGACUCUCACUGGGAACAAGGGAACGGUCUUAGAAGAAAAAGUGACCUUACGCAGACUCUUCCCAGGCGUCAAACGAAGCUUUUCUACGGGGUUUUUUGCGCCCGUCCAGCCCUAAGAAUCCUCCUUUUCGGGGUUUCACAGGCGAUGGAUGACUUCUCAUAAUUUAAUCCUUACCUUUGGAAUUGAAGUUGUUAACUUCUUUUAAAGAAUGUACGACUAGAAAAAUUAAAAUCACGAAAUGUUCAAAGAAA